GAAAUGUAUGUGGCCUUACAGAUUUCGAGGGGAGUUUGAACGUAAUUAUUUUCGUUGCACUUUUAUGUUUCAUUCCUCUUGGUAGUAAACACUUCAUAUUUAUUUUCACGAGAUUACCAAAGCUUUAUUUAUCUGAUACGGUGGAUGGUUUUCAUGACGUUCUAAAUGCCACUGGUUAGAACAAGGAGAAACUAUCUACUUUUUAGGUGUUAACCGUAAAGCACGUUUAAAUGAUGUCAUGGAAGUCUUUGGGCCGCUUACUGUCUGGAAUCAAAGGUGCUUAUAAUGAUAUUAACCCUGCGACCCUCACUGGAGCUAUCGAUGUAAUUGUUGUGGAACAACAGGAUGGCUCUUUUACCUGUGGUCCAUUCCAUGUCAGGUUCGGAAAGCUAACAGCUAUAUCUCCGGCUGAUAAGACUGUGGAAAUUUAUGUCAACGGUGAAUUUGUCGAUUUCUUAAGAAUGUGUUUGGGAAGUGAUGGUGACGCGUACUUCGUGGAUUCUUCAGGUUCAGUAACCGACGAAUUCUUACCAUCAGACACAGUUGGUUGCCCAGGUUUUGCGUAUGAUGAUACUUGGUCUGGGCUGUCCAUGCGUCGGCACCCGAGAAAAGUUCGCCGAGACUCAGCCAUGAGUGAACCUGGUACGGAAUCUAAAUUAAUAGAAGAGAAUAUUGAUGAGAUAAAUGAUUACGAAGUUUCUUCUGAUUGUGAAACUUUGGAUGAAUCAAUAAAGGACUCACUGAGGUGUCGGAAUUCUAUGAGUAACAACUUCGUUUCUGAUAGCCAGCUUGACGAAAGUUCUAAAGUUGCUGUGAGGGAAUAUAGCUGGAACUGGGGUUCUGAAGACCCAAAAAAAUGCCAGUCUGUUAAUAGUUCAGAUAUAUCAAACACAGACAAAAGUGUCGUUAGAGAUGAUGGGACAAUGCAAGUCAAUGACCCAUGUGGGAAGGGGUUAUACCUUGAGGAACUGGUUACACAGCAAGAUCAAAAUAUUAAAGAAGCUUACAUAUACCCUCCAUCUCAUGUUAAUCCAUCCAGUCAUAGCCAAAGUUAUGGUUCAAUACAUGCAACCGAUAGUGGAUAUGCAGAUUACGGUUAUCGAUCCGAUAAUGAGCACACUCCUAGGAGCAUAUCGCCUGUCAGUCCACAGAUUGCAAGCUUGAGACUUUCAUUGUGUGGUGGUUUGUCACCCGACAAACCUUGUUCUGAGGAUAAGUUUUUAGAACACAUAGUUUCUUACGAAGAAUUUAUUCGUGAGCCCAAUGCUAUUCUGUCCAACCCGAAUCUUGUGGUCUAUUUCAAUGGCCGUUAUUGCAACUGGCAAAUAGCUGCUCCUUCUAUAGUUAGUGUACUUGCGUUUCAAACGCAGUUGCCUUAUUUGACUUUGCAAAGGUUAGAGAGCCAAUAUCUCCCCAAAAAGCAGUCUCGGCGUACUUCAUGGUUUAGCUGGGGCACUAGUUAUACACAGACUGUAACUGCAGACCCGGAACCUGUUAUACCAUCUAAAAAAGAAGAGGACAAACCACAGAAUUCUAACUGCAGCUGUUCGGAACCAACUCCGGAACAGAGUAACCAAACAGUUACCAGGAUCAACAAGCUUUCCUCAAGCGAAGUAGCCAAAUUAAAACUGAAGCCUGGUCGAAACGAUGUAGAAUUCCGCUUAACUACAAAGUACCAAGGAACUUGUACAUGCUCAGCUUCCAUUUACUAUUGGCAUUGGUAUGACAAGAUAGUUGUUUCGGAUGUUGAUGGUACCAUUACACGCAGCGAUCUCCUUGGACAUCUCCUACCUAUGUUGGGUCACGACUGGACACAUCCCGGAGUUGCUCGAUUGUACAACCGUAUUCGAAAUAAUGGUUAUCAGUUUGUGUACUUAUCGGCUCGAGCACUUGGCCAAGCAGGGAUAACAAGAAGCUAUUUGCGACAAGUCGUCCAGGACUCGGCAUCCAGGCUACCAGACGGACCUAUUUUACUAUCUCCUAAUUCCCUUCUCCAUGCUUUCCACCAAGAAGUUAUUAUCAAUAAACCUGAAAUUUUUAAAACACAGUGUUUGCAAGAUGUAUGUGAUCUCUUCCCCAAGGGUACUUGCCCUCUUUACGCAGGGUUUGGUAACAAAGUAAACGAUGUCUUUGCAUAUCAGGAAGCUGGAAUUCAACUGUGUCAUAUUUUUACAAUUAACCCACGUGGGGAAGUUCGUAAUGAAUAUCAGCAUGUCAGAAGUACAACAUAUCAGGAGUUAGGUGACUCAGUGGAUCUUUAUUUCCCGUCUUUAUGCAGUUCGCAAGCUAUAUCAAUUUCAUCACCAGUAGAAUGUGACUUAAAUCUCAAGGGUGAAAAGUCGACGUCAGCCUCUAAACACUCAUCCAAUCCUUCAAUGGACGUUGUAUCUGUUGAUUUGUCUACAUUUUCAAGUUUCUCUUUCUGGAAAUCUAAUUACGAGUUGUCUUUUCCUCCUCCAGAAGACUCAAGUAGCUCCUAAUUGAUGUAUACUGUAAAGCAUAUAGUACAUUUAGAAGACUUUGAUCUUGCUUAGCUUCAUUGCACUAACUUUCAACAUACCGUUUAUUUCAUAUAGUCUUUCAGGUGAUUAUUUUAUUAAAUAACACCCAUAUUCAUAUGAUGAAUGUGCCUUUUUUACAUUUAGAUUGAGAUCUUAAUUCCCUUUUAAUGGAUCUUGUUAUCUGUUACUUUUUCGCUAAUUGUAUGUAAUUACUCGUUGAUUUUUUGUGCUAAUACAAACAUAACCAACUACGUGUAGUUCUGUUUCUGUUUUCAAAUAGAAUAAUUUAACUUAUCGACCCAUGCGUUUAGGCCGAUCUACUGGACAACCUUUCAGCCGAAAGUUGUUUUGAACAAGCUGCAGCGUAUCUUCCCAGAAUAGUUAAUACUCUGGAUUCAAAUGUGUUACUAUACCUUUACGCCAGAUACAAGCAGGCUACCGCUGGUCCAUGCAAUGUUCCAAAACCAGGAAUCUUUGAUAUAAAUGGUCGUAAGAAGUGGUCAGCUUGGCAUGAUCUAGGAAAUAUGUCUACUGAAGAAGCACAAAAACAAUAUGUGGAAAAAUUACACGAAGUUGAUCCUACUUGGAAACC